AUGGAGGCGAUUCACGCCGAAUUCAAGAAGAUCGCAUUCAUUGGUGCAUACACUCUAGGUUUGAUGAAUCCUAGACAUGUAUUGAUUCGGUUUGAAAUGGAGGAGGACUAUAAAAAAUGUUGGAUUCGAACAUUUUGGAAUAUUGGUGGUUUCUCAAUGCGAAUGUUGAAGUGGAUGCCCGGAUUCAGAUUUGAGGAAGAUCCCCCGGUUGUGCCAAUAUGGGUUGCUCUCUAUGAUCUUCCUAUCGAAUUCAUGCACCCGGAAGUGAUUUACUCGAUGGCUACAGCCCUUGGACAACCCUUGAAAGUGGACACUCCGACAUUGAAUAUAACCCGUCCCUUGGUUGCUAGAUUCUGCGUGGAGGUGGAUCUUACCAAGGAUUUGCCAAAAUCCGUAAAGAAAAAGGAAAUCAAAAUCAAGUCGGCGAAGCCCAAAUGGACAUUGAAAGGAGAUCCUAAAAGUAGACUGGAAGCUCAAAUAGUUAGUUUGAAUCCCUUGGUGGUCAAAGGGGUGGAAAAGGAAGCAACGAUGGUGACGGAGAUAGUGGAAAGCCAGCCAUCCCCGGUUAGAACUGAAGCCGUCUGCGUUCAUGCGCCACCUCUUGUUCAAUCAGGAAAUCGAUUUUCGAUUCUCCAUGCUGCGGAGGAUGAUGACGUCGAAGAGGAGAUGGUGAAUGUCCAUUCUGAUGUUCAUACGCAAAGUCAGGAAGAACAAGACGAUAUUGGUACUACAUUGAUUGAUGCUGCGAAAUAUGUCUUUGGUUCCACAACUGGAUCCCAUUCGAUCUAA